AUGGCUAACGAAGAACAAGGAAGCAUCUUGAAAGCUCUUGACGUUGCAAAGACUCAAUGGUACCACGUCACGGCGGUUGUAGUCUCCGGUAUGGGUUUCUUCACAGACUCAUACGAUCUCUUCGUGAUAUCUCUUAUCACGAAGCUUCUUGGCCGGAUCUACUAUCAGGUUCCUGGCUCCUCCUCUCCCGGAAGCCUCCCUGACGGCAUCUCUGCGGCCGUGAGUGGUGUGGCCUUCGCUGGAACGUUUAUCGGACAGAUUUUCUUUGGGUGUCUUGGUGACAAGCUUGGACGUAAGAGAGUCUAUGGUUUGACUCUCUUGAUCAUGACCAUAUGCUCCAUUUGUUCUGGUCUUUCCCUUGGAAGAGACCCGAAAACCGUCAUGGUAACUCUCUGCUUCUUCCGCUUCUGGCUCGGGUUUGGCAUCGGUGGUGACUAUCCUCUCUCGGCUACGAUCAUGUCCGAGUAUUCCAACAAACGUACUCGCGGUGCUUUCAUAGCAGCUGUUUUCGGUAUGCAAGGGAUUGGGAUCCUUGCCGCAGGAGCUGUCUCGUUACUUGUCUCAGCUGUUUUCGAGAGUAAGUUUCCGUCCCGAGCCUAUAUAUUGGAUGGUGCAGCCUCCACCGUCCCACAGGCGGAUUACGUUUGGAGGAUCAUCCUGAUGGUCGGCGCCUUACCAGCUCUCUUGACCUACUACUGGCGGAUGAAGAUGCCCGAAACCGCUCGUUACACGGCUCUUGUCUCCAAGAACGCGGAGCAAGCGGCUUUAGAUAUGACUAAGGUUCUCAACGUAGACAUUGAAGCCUCUGCCGCAAAGAAUGAUCAAGCUAGGGUUUCCUCGGACGAGUUUGGCUUGUUCUCCAUGAAGUUCCUUCGCCGUCACGGACUCCACUUACUCGGAACAGCCUCCACAUGGUUCCUCCUCGACAUCGCUUUCUACAGCCAAAACUUGUUCCAGAAGGAUAUCUUCACCACCAUUGGGUGGUUACCUUCGGCUAAAACCAUGAACGCAAUCCAAGAGCUCUACAUGAUCGCUAAGGCUCAAACCAUAAUCGCUUGUUGCAGCACCGUUCCCGGUUACUUUUUCACUGUAGGGUUCAUCGAUUAUAUGGGACGGAAAAAGAUCCAGAUCAUGGGUUUCGCUAUGAUGACCAUCUUCAUGCUCAGUUUAGCCAUACCGUACCAUCAUUGGACCUUACCGGCUAACCGGAUUGGUUUCGUCGUUCUUUACUCUUUCACAUUUUUCUUCUCCAAUUUUGGACCUAACGCAACUACUUUCAUUGUCCCGGCUGAGAUUUUCCCGGCGAGGAUAAGGUCGACUUGUCACGGUAUAUCGGCGGCGUCUGGUAAAGCCGGUGCGAUGGUCGGUUCUUUCGGGUUUUCGGCUUUGGUUAAAGCUUUGGGUAUGAGUAACACGUUAUACAUCAUGGCAGGAAUCAAUUUGCUUGGCUUGCUUCUCACGUUUACAAUUCCGGAGACUAAUGGGAAAUCACUUGAGGAGCUUUCCGGCGAAACUGAGCCGGAGAAAAUCAAGGAGAAGAUUGUUGUUUAG